GCUCCUCGUCACUGCUGCUCGGGCGGAAGUCGUCGUUGCUUCCCUGUCCCCGCAUGGCGGCGGCGGCGGCGGCGGCUGCCUGGUGCCUCCUGCCCUCCUCGCUUUGGCCGCCCUCCUGAAGGCCGUCCGGCUGGGCCGGGCCAAGGGCUCCCCCGGGGGCGUAGACCCAGCGCCGCGCCUUUCAAGCCGCGGCGCGUCUUCCUCCCUUCCUUCCUUCCUUCCUCUCCGUCUCCCGCAGGGUCGGCGGCUGGAGCGGAGCUGAUGGGGAAAUACUUCCUGACCCUGAGCGUCCUCAAGGGGCCCUGGGACCAAGUCUUCGCCGCCUUCUGGCAGCGCUACCCGAACCCGUACAGCAAACAUGUCCUGACAGAAGAUAUUUUACACCGAGAGGUUACAGAAGACCAGAAGCUGCUCUCCAGGCGGCUCCUCACCAAGACCAACCGAAUGCCCCGCUGGGCAGAGCACUUCUUUCCAAGUAAUGUUGCCCAUUCUGUCUACAUCCUAGAAGAUUCCAUUGUGGACCCCCAGAACCGAACCAUGACCACAGUUACCUGGAACAUUAAUCAUGCACGUCUUAUGGUGAUAAAAGAGCGGUGCGUUUACAGAGAGAACCCAGAAAACAGCAACUGGACAGAAGUGAAGCGAGAAGCUUGGAUCACCUCCAAUUUGUUUGGUGUCUCCCUUGCUGUUCAGGAAUUUGGCUUGGCCAGGUUCAAGAGCAACGUGACCAAGGCCACCAAAGGGUUUGAGUAUGUGCUGGCCAAAAUGCAGGGUGAAGCACCUUCUAAAACCUUGGUGGAAACUGCAAAGGAGGCAACUGAGAAAGCCAAGGAAACUGCCUUGGCUGCUACUGAGAAAGCAAAGGGUCUGGCAAGCAAGGCAGCUACUAAGAAAAAGCAACAGUACGUGUGAAGAAACAGCUUUCUCUGGGGGCUGGAAGGCCAGCUUUACAAUCCAUUGUAGUAAUACUGGAAGGUCAUCUGUAACUAAACUUCUGUUCCCUUGAAAAGCAGAGUUGACCAGGAUCUCUUUAGAUUUUUUUUAAUUGAAACUGUACAAAACGAUCAUCUUCUUUCUAAAAAGGUGUAAUUAUCAUUAAAAUAAUAGACUGCAACUUUAA